CGCUCAUGGGAGUGUACCUGCUCAUGCUGAACAUGUCGCGCUGUCAGGGAAUGCGCUCUCAAAUCUCUGGAAAUUGCAGACAUGAUUUUAUGUGAUGUCCGGUCGGGAUAAAAAGACGCCAAAAAAUUCGGAAAAAAAACAAGUUCGGCUUUGCUGUGAAUAAAAGACUGCGAUGAAGAAACUGGUGUUGAUGGCGAAGUGCAAAUAAACUAUGGACGGUUAUGAUGAGACUCUGUUUCGCCUGCGGUGUGUUUAAUGCACCAGGGCGUGGAGGCAUGCGAUCUACCUGAGCAAGAUUGUUCCACCUGGAGGUCACAGGAUGCCGGUGCAGGCAGCUCAAUGGACCGAGUUUCUAUCCUGCCCCAUUUGCUAUAAUGAGUUUGAUGCCUGCAGCCACAAGCCCAUCAGCCUGGGGUGCUCGCACACCGUCUGCAAGACCUGCCUCCAUAAACUGCACCGCAAGGCCUGUCCUUUUGACCAGACGGCCAUCAGCACUGACAUUGAUGUGCUGCCUGUCAACUGUGCCCUCCUGCAGCUGGUGGGGGCGCCGGUUCCUGAGGGAGAAGUUGUGAGUGUGGGCAGUGCUGAAGACACGAGACAUUAUGAAGUGUGCAGGAUGUGCGUGGAGGAGCUGGCUCUAUACCUCAAACCAGUCAGUGGAGGAAAAGGUGUAGUGUCGGCGAGUUCGAGUGCUCUCAGUCGGCCCAUGCAGAGGAAGCUGGUGACGCUGGUGAACUGUCAGCUGGUGGAGGAGGAGGGCCGCGUACGGGCGGUGCGGGCCUGCAGGUCUCUGGGUGAACGUACCGUCACUGAGCUCAUCCUGCAGCACCAGAACCCACAACAGCUCUCUGCAAACCUGUGGGCUGCAGUGAGGGCACGCGGGUGCCAGUUCCUUGGGCCUGCCAUGCAGGAAGACGCUCUGAAGCUGGUGCUGUUGGCUCUGGAAGACGGAUCUGCUCUGUCGAGGAAGGUUCUGGUGCUGUUUGUGGUGCAGAAACUGGAAGCACGGUUUCCUCAGGCGUCAAAGACCAGCAUCGGGCAUGUGGUUCAGCUGCUGUAUCGAGCCUCCUGCUUUAAGGUGACCAAACGUGAUGAAGACUCGUCACUCAUGCAGCUCAAAGAAGAGUUUCGCACGUAUGAAGCCCUGCGGCGCGAACAUGAUGCUCAGAUUGUUCAUAUUGCGAUGGAAGCAGGACUGCGCAUUUCACCUGAGCAGUGGUCAUCUCUGCUGUACGGCGACCUCACGCACAAAUCUCACAUGCAGUCCAUCAUAGAUAAGCUUCAGUCCCCAGAAUCCUUUGCGAAGAGCGUGCAGGAGCUCACCAUAAUCCUGCAGAGAACAGGAGACCCAGCCAACCUGAACAGCCUCAGAGCUCCUCUUGAGCUGCUGGCCAGCAUCGACCACAACCCUGAUGCAGCUGCUCCAUCUUGGCCCGACCUGGAAAGUGUGUUACUAGCCGUGAAGGUUGUUGUCCAUGGGCUGGUGGAGUUCAUCCAAACUUUCAGCAAAAAGAGCACUGAAAGCCCUCAGGCUCAACCCAACAGCAAGUACAAGACGAGUAUGUGCAGGGACUUACGGCAGCAAGGCGGCUGCCCGAGAGGAGCCAGCUGUACAUUUGCCCACACACAAGAGGAGUUGGAGAAGCACAGAAUGAGGAAUAGGAAAGCCAGCGGGGCGGUGAGGCCGUUUCUGUCAGUUCCAACAGCGAUGGCCAAAUCUUGCACCAAGGCAGGGUCAGAGGUAGGCACCGGAGGGAUGAAGAACCAUGAGAAAGAUGCCUCUGAGGAUGUGUCUCCUACUCAGCUCAUCCCUAGAGGAGGAGACCAACAAGAGGACAAAAUGCUGCACAGUGCUGCUAACGGAUUGCAUGUGACCAGCCUAGAACAGAAUCUUGUCAGUCACAGCCAGUCCCCUUCGAUAUCUUCAGUGAUGUCUACAGACAGACACGGGCCUGUCCACAUGAGGCCUCACCCUGAGUACUGCUCUCAGGACCAGAGACCAUAUGAGCUGACACCCUACCCUCAGUCCACCAUUCCUCCUAAGUCAUGCAGUCCUCGCUUCCACCGUUCCAGCAAUGUGCCCGAGUCUAUGUUACCCCCUUCAGUGGGCCCUCUGUAUCCCGAUCAGCACCCCUCUGUUCCAGCUCUAGACAGACUAGGCCCCAGUCAUUUUGGGCCGCCCUCUACCUACUCCUCUCAUGGCAUGUACACCCCCGUUUACGACAGCCGGCGUGUGUGGAGGCCACCGCUGUAUCCCAGGGAUGGAGGAAGGAGUAACUCUCUCCCUCUAGAGGUUUUUCAAUCCACUGUUUAUCAGCCGCCGCUCCGGGAGCGGUACAACUCUCUGGACAGUCCGUACUGCAGCACGGCGGAGCAGAGAGCUGCAAUGCAGAGGGACGCAUACACCCGUGUUGAGGAACUCUAUCGACACAAACAGGAACACUGGGUACAUCACCACAGCAAUGUGAACAGGCCAUCCCAGUCAUCCCCGGUCUUCACUGUGGACAUGUGUCCAGAGCAUCCUGAGGGUGUAGGUGGUGGGCGUAUGACUUGCAAGUGUCAUGGUGGAGAAGAGAGUCUUGCCCACUACUCACCCUGGUCGUGCAGCACCAUCAGCCCAUUUGAGUCAGAGCCCCAUCAUUUGUCAACCCACUCCUGUUCCAAACAGCUAGAAGGGGAGAGUGGUGGCAAACGGUGGUUGCAUGUGUUGGAGCCAUACAGACGACUGAAAGAAGAAGAUCCCAUUAUUCCUUUUGGAGAGGGGCCCAUCAUCUCUAAAUGGGGAGCCAUUUCUCGCGCUUCACGCACUGGUUUUCACACCACUGACCCUGUCCAGGCCACAGCAUCACAGGGGUGCACCGGUACCACCUCUAUCAACUUCAGAGACUAUGGCUGUAAUAUUGGUCACAGUGACCUCAGAUGGAGCCCGCGUGGGUCUGAUUCCUCUACCCCCUCCAGCUUUCUAGAAAGCGAUCAUCUGGCUGUUUCUGGACUGCAUGCGGGACGAACUUCCUUCAGCAGCGGGACAAAGCAGGGCAUAGAUCUGAUGGGUAAGGAUGGGACCGAGAGCGAACCUGACAGAGACAUUGAGCUGGAGCUGUCUGCUUUGGACAUGGAGGACACAGAGACACGCAACUUGGAGGACACAAUGGAAAUGCAAAGCCGCUCCCAAAACAGCCACCUCUCUACAGUCUUCAGUGAUCCAGCAUCCAGUUCUCAGUUAGAAAACGACCUGCCUGACAGAAUGGAUAGUAACCUUAUGAAGAAAAUGGCAUUCAGAAACACCCUCUCCCCCGGAGUCUUAAGUAUGAGGAAGAUGCCAAUGAGGACGUGUUCUCCCAGGCUUGGAGACCCCCGGCGCCCCAGUCCAGGGCCUGAAAUGCUGCUAAAUGGGACCUGAAUUGGGCUGGACGGAACAGCCCUCUUUGUAUUCUAAUGCCAUGGGGUCAUGCCAAGAAUCCACCAUCCUCCUUAGGUAGAAGGUAGAGUUGUCCUUAUAGGAGUCGAUCAAGGCAGCGAGUCGCAGCCAAAAAAGCCUUCUGUAUUCAUGUGUUCUCUUCAUAAGAGCUAGCUAUGCCCUGUAAUUGUAAUCACUCAUCAUCUGUUUGGAGUUGGUUUGUUUUUCUUAAUCACUGCUUGUGGAUGAAUGUUGAGUCACAACUCCACCUCAGGUAACUCUUGAUGUCAGCCAAUCAGAACUCUGUCCAAGCCAGGAAAACGAUUUCCCAUGUUCCCUAACUCUGUACAGAAGUGACGGUUUUCACUAGCUUUUAGCAUACUGAGGAAACCAUAAUCUACUGUAUUAUAACUAUAUAGUGGAAUCUUCCAAUAUAUAUCAAAAAUAACCACGGUGCUUGGAAUCUGUAGUUCUUGCAUUAUUGUUAAUAUUACCGCAGUGUUAGCCACUGAAAUGUUAUGUGCAUGAAUUGUUUGUUGAGGAUCAUUGUUUGAAACAAUCAUUCAUUGAUCAUUGUUUAAAUGUUUGUGUGUGUGUAUGGAUUGUGGUGUCUGAUAUCUCUAAGAGACAUUUCACAGGCAGUCAAUCAAUACGAUAUUUUAUACACGUACGAAAGUUAAACAGUUCAUCAGAAAAUGAAAAUUCUGUCAUUUUACUUUUGUCAUUUUAACCUAUGAUCCUAUCAAGUGGCCCCAUGUGCCUAUUUCAAAUCUUGUGAAGUUCUUUGUGAGGAAUUUAAGUCCAAGUCCCUGAAAGUCUUUCACUGUAGCUCUGAAAUCUGUUUUCAUCUGUUCAAAUUCAGAUGUGUUUUACCAUCAAACACUCAUCAAAACUCAAGAUUGAAAGACAGUGGUGUCAAAAAAGUGCAGUGGUCAAGACCACAUCUUUUUAUUAUAAGUCCAUGUCUGAACAUGACCAACGAUAGAAGACAGUGGAGUCUGACUGAUAACAGAGACAAAAAAAGGGAAAAGUUUAAGCGAUAUUUCACUCAGAAAUGAAAAUUUUGUCAUUAUGUACUUAUUUACUCAUCCUCCAUGUGUUCCAAACCUGUUUGAGUUUCAUUCUUUUGUUAUACACAAAGGAAGAUCUACUGAACAAUCUUGUGGAACAAAACAGCCAAUGACUUAAUUGAGUAAAUGAAAAGAAUAUUCAUUUUUGAGUGAACUGUCCUAUCAAGUUAAGACUCAGACCAAAAGAGAGUCUAAGACAUUCCGAGACACAAUUUUUGAGUCAAGAAUGUGACCAGAAGAGGGACUCGUUUUGAGUCAAGACAACAAGCAUAUAAAUCAGGCUAAAGCAUUGGUUUUCAGCUAUCUGCUAAAUUCUGUCUUUAUAUUUGCACUCAAAAGUGCUAAUCCCUUCAGAGGGACCCUCCAUAGUGAUGAAUUCUUCAUAAUAGAAUCCACCCUCAGUCAAGAACAGGAUCAGAAGAGGGACUUGUUUUAAGUCAAGACAACCAGCAAAUACAUCAGGCUAAAGCAGUGGGUUUCAGCCAUCUGCCACAAUCUGUCUUGAGUGACAGCAUUUUAGAUUUUGUCUUUUCAAUUUAGUGGUUCUUGUCAAAACUCCUCUCAAAAUGCUCUCUACGGAUACGAAAAACUAAAAAUCGAACCCGAUAUAAAAACUUUAUGAUGAAUUAAAGUUAUUGAGGCAAAGGUGAGGUCGAAUUUAUUUUUUUAAUGUGUGAAAAUUUUCUUACCAUUUUGGACUGUUUUGUGUGCACUGAACUUUAGACAAGAAGUUUUGACUAGUCUUAUGUCAUAACAAAGACCGGAUGAGUCUUACGGAGCAUACCAGAUAAGAUAUAGUGCCCUCCAAAGGGCACUUCAGAGUGAAAAAAAAUCAAGGCUGCCAUAUUGAAGUUUCAUUUCAAACUGAAGUGAUCAAAACAGGCCUAAUCCCUUCAAAGGGACCCUCCACAGGGAUGAACAUAGGGCUGGGCGAUUAAUCGAAAAGUAAUCAAAAUCGACAUUCAGAACCUAUAAUCGAUCAAAUUUUUCCAGGACAAUUUUUUAAAUUACCUUUCCUACAUGUCAUGUGACCCUGCUCUGUUAAAGGUUGUGGCUGAUUUCUACUUCUGCGGCCACUCAGAUAGGACGAUGGAUUAUAUCUUGAGCCUUACUUUGCACUACAUUGACGAUGAUUGGAAACUACGCCAGAGAUGCACUUAGAUGGCAUAUAAAACUUGUCAGUAAACUAUGAGGGCAAAAAAAUAAAAUAAAAUAAUUGUUCAUUAAUCAUGAUCAAGUUAAAAUAUUCAAUUAAUUGAGAUUUUGAUUUUAGGCCAAAUCGCCCAGCCGUAGACAAACCCUUCUUAAUGAAAUCCCCCCUCAAUCAAGACCAAGAUCAGAAGAGGGACUAUCCUGAGUCAACACAGAAUCCAGAAGAAAAAGCAAUCAAAGUCAAGAUAAAGGCCAGAAUGUCUAGAAAAUGAGUCCAGACAAAGAGGGAUAAAUCUCAAGUCAGGACUAAGUCUAAAACAGGGAUGCUUCUUGAGUCAAGACAAAGAAGAGCAUCCAAAACAGGCAAAUUAUACUUAGUCAAGACAGCGAUGAGAUUAAGAAAAAGUCUUGAGUCAAGACGUAGAAAACAAAGGACGAAACCAAUCAUGUUCUUGCACUUCUUCAAUCUUGAGUACCACAACACCGAAUUUUGGUCAGUUUUAUUUUUCAUUUUUGGUGAACUGUUUUGCUAUAGCUACAAUCAACAAGCAUCACAACAGAAUUUCCCUUUAGUCUUGCUUGAGGAUGUGGUAUUGUUUAGUGUUAAUGAAACGCUGAUCAUAGUAACAGUUCCCAUUUGUUGUUUACAGUGGUCAAAAGGUCACCUUAGUUUUCAUUGCUUCUGUUUAUUCCUGUAGCUUCCUUUUCAAGAAUUAGACUAAGGCCCAAUCCCAAUUCUGUUUUUGUACCCCUACCCCUACCCCUUGGCCCUUGGAACAGAGUGUGAAGGGGAAGGGCUUAAAAAUUUGCCUCUAAGAAAUAUAUAUCAUCGCUCUAAGACAUAUGUCAUCGCGAUCACGUGCUCCAUAUGAAAUCAGACGAUGGCGACUGCUGUAGUUAUUUCAGUUGCUUUAUUUUUUGGUAUUUAUCUUUAGGAAAUCACUGAAGUCAAUGAUAUCAUGUUAUCAUAAUGAUAUAAUGUGGCAAUAAGCUCGUAACUGCACUGUGCAUUUACACAGUGGCCAUAUUCAUCUAAACACACAAAAAACAACAUUAACAUUAUAGCAGACACUGUAAAAAGCUCAUUCCCAGCCACUAGACUUUUCUGACAGGGUAUUCGAGUGUCAGAAUGUUGUGAUACUUCUAUACAGCUGUUAUUAUUAGGGAUUAUAGAUAGUGAAAUUUGGCAGUUUUUAUUUUAUCGUUUUUUAAAAACCAUGACCGUUGAACAUGAACGCGGUUAUGAAUGUAUUAAAACAUGCUUGUUUGUUGUAAAAGUUUGCAAUAAUGACAAAAAAUACCAAUUUGGGAAUCUCCUUACUUCCGUGUGCAGCCACGUUGUAGAUGGUGUAUUCUGGGAAAUUUUCAUACCCCUUGGUUUCGGGUGUGGUCCUGAAAAAUCUCUGUUUCAAGGGGUAUCUAGCCCUUCCCCUUAGUCCUAACCUUCAAACUAAAGACAAUUGGGACACUCCUACCCCUUCACGUGAAUGCGCAAAACAAGAGAUUGGGGAAGGGCUAAGGGCGAGAAUUGGGAUUGGGCCCAAUUUUUUUUUCCCUCCCAAAAUUCCUGUUUCCCCUUAUUUUAUUACAAAACAUUGCUAACUUCCAUGAAGUUGUUACUGGGAUAUUUUAUAUCAGGUUUUAGUUUUAUCAACCCUAUAGAGUCCAUUACAGGUUUACCAGGAUUGUUUCCUGCUUGAUUAAAAUGCUAUAAUUAAAUAGAGGGAAAAAAUAAUCACGAUAACACACAGAUUACUAGUGUUUUAAUGUAGUUUUGUGCGAAAUCCGUGUAACAGCAUAUCGCAAAAACUGUCUUAUUUAAAAUACCAUUUAGAUGGUUCAGUGUUUAAAAUAAUGGCAGGAAUAUUUUGGUUUUGUUUAUUUUUUAUCAGUCGCUGAUUUGUCUUUUUGUUUAUUGUAACACCUGGACCAGUCAAGUGUGUACUGGUUUUGGUUAUUUAUGAGGACAUAAAUGAGUGUGACCUCGGUAUUAUAGUGUUGAGCUGGUUUAUGAGAACAUGCCUCGUGUCCUCAGUUCAAAACUGUUAAAAAUCAAAUGUAAGGUUUUUUUACAUUCAACAUUUAAGGGUUGGGUUUACUUGUAGGAUGAGACCAUAUAAUAAGCAGUUUUUACAGUAUAAAAUACAUUGAGUCCUCAUAAACCAUCAAAACUAAUGUGUGUGUAUGUUUGUAUUUGUGUAUGGAACUCUUUGUUAUGCUAUGAAGUUCUGAAUAUGAAUGCUUUGUCACUUAAGACUGUUAAUCAUGGUUUUUCUUAUGGUGAUAUAAGUGUUUUUCCACUUAAAUGAGAAAUGUGAAGUGAAAUCUUCCUGGUUUUGGCUCUCUUGCCAUUUCGUUAAAUCUCAUUUUGCCUCCUGCAAGUGUUUUUCAACAGGGGAUGUUACAGCUGCACCUUCCAGCAAAGACAUUUUUUUAUAAAAUGCUUUCGAGCAAAUGUGUUCAUUUUUUUAAAUGGAUGAGUCCUAGCGUGUGAAAUCGCAACACCUUCUUGAUAUGUUUUUACAUGUAGAGAAUUUCUUCCUUAUUUUUGGUUCACUUUUUUAUUAUUAGUUUGGUAUCAUCUGAUUAUAAGAGGUUUCAACUGUUGGUGCUGGGUUGGUAACAAUGCGAGUUUGUCUACAUUUUCUCACUAGCUGUCAAAUUGGCUUUAAAAUGUCAUUUGUUUCUUUUUAUUGCCCAUUUUGACGCAGCAAAGCCUUAUUAGUACAUGUUUGACUUAUUUAUCUGCCCAGCUCAGCCCUGUAUCAUGCAUGCUGCCUUUGGCAAAGAUAUUCUUUGGCAAAGGAAGUAUGAUUGUGUAGUUGUGUCACACAACACCCAGCGCUGUGAGUGUCCUGCACUGUAUCUCACAUUUUACUCACUUCCUAAAGCACUUACUGUCAGCUCUUAUGGAUUUCUAUCAGGAUUAUGAUCGUUUUAUAUCAAUAAUUCUUUCUUUUUCCCUUGGAAAUGUCAGUUUUGUUUGCAUUUGAAUUUUAAAAAUUUGCUUGGCUGUAAUAAUGGGGCAGGACGUGUUUGGUUGUGAUGAUGCUUGUUUCUGUCCAGUGCGCAACUGCAAAAACGAACUGAUGUGUUGGAUAUUUUUACGUCUGUAUUAGACAUUUUAUUUGCAAAUCUAUUGUUCGAUUCAAUUGUAAAUGAAUAGAAGAUGGGCAUCCGUCAUUUUAUACAACCAGAGCCAUCAUUUGAUGGACAUACUGCACAUUUUUAUGAUAUCUAAUCAGAGAUAUGAGGCUAUUUAUGAUCAAAGAGAACGAUUCUAAAAGUCAGGAACUAAUAUCUUUUGAUGAAACAGUAGUAGAAAUUAUUUAUAUUGCAUUUUGUUUCUUUUUAAACACCACCGGGCAAAGAUAUCCCUUUUGCUUGUGGCAAUGCAAGGAAGACUAUAUAGAAAUGUAGCCAACGCACAGUCAUUUCCUACCGUUUGGGUUGUUUGUAUGUUAUUGCUCUUGUAUCUUGGCUUAGCUUUGCUCUGAUAUGUAGGGCAAGCUGGUGAGAUGAAUCUAAAGGUCAUGACAUGUAGUUGCAUGCCAAGAUAAUAAACACAGUUACAUCAUCA